AAAUAAAAACACUGAAAUCGGACAUACUCCGUUACUGAAAAUAUAAUACAUUUCAUUACACUUUAGAUAAAAAGUUUGGAUAUUAAAACAGGCAACCUUGGUAUCGGCAACACUUGAUUUGUACCUGGAGCGAAGAGCGACAUUUUUCGAUCAAACAAAAACAUAAUAAAUGAUUUGUGUUUUUAUUGAGAAAUAAAAUUGAUCGUGUUUCUCAUAUAUCCUCAAAAUGGUUGAUGAUAAAGUUGAAAUGAAUAACGAUAACGAAAGUUACACAAGUUUAAAUGCAAGUGAUCCGAAAAAUGUACAAGAAUUAACCCAAUAUGUACAGAGCUUACUACAAACCAUUCAAGAUAAAUUCCAAAAUAUGUCGGACCAAAUAUUAACAAGGAUUGAUGAAAUGGGUAACAGAAUAGAUGAUUUAGAAAAAAAUAUAGGGGAUCUAAUGACCCAAGCUGGUGUAGAAGGAACGGAUAAAUAAAAAUCUUUACUAGUAUCUAUUUAGUAUUCACCAUAAAAUAAGUUUACUUAUAAGCUACAUCUAGUUACACAAAUAUCAAAACACUUUAUUAAAUUUAUGAGUUUUUCCCUGCAUUUUGACUUUGGGAUGUUAGUAAAGGGUGUUUUUUUUGUGUUUAUAACUAAAAAUGCUUUUCCUAUUUUUUAAUAGUGUUGGAUUUUAUUUGAUAAUUGAAUUAUUAUGAUUAACUUUAUUAAUUCAAAAUAACCAACUUAUUUUCUACAUCUUCUUGCAAUUGGUGACGACUGUUCGUUUUCGCUAGUACUGCUUAUAUUCUCUAUAGUAUCAGUUUCAGAUUCCUCUUCUGAUUCUGAAACUGAGUGUUUCAUGGAAUCUAAAGUUUCUUCACUUUUUGAUAGUUUUUCAUUAGGAUUGGGUAUACCGGGUGUUUUUUUCUUAUAAGUUGAUGAGAAAAUUGCUCCUAAGGAGCCCAAUGAUCCAGUGGAUCUAAAUAAUGAAGAUUUUCCAAUAUUUUUAUCUUGAGAUGCACGGGGAAGACGAAGUGACUUUUUGAAUUCCUGAGAAAGUAAACAUAAAAUGUUAAUAGUAAUAAUUGAAGUAUAAAUUUGUCUUAACUCUGACUCAUUCUGUCUGCAGAUGCUAAUAUGUUCUAUUAUCCACUGGAAAUGUUGGAGCAAACAGUGUGUUUAAGAACAAGUGUGGAUAAUAUAUUAAUUUGAAAUUAGAUUAUGAAUUAUGAGAAUUCUGUAAAGGCGAACAAUGUGAGCUCAACAAACUGUUUUAAAACAAAUUUAAUAAUAUAGUAAAGUUAGAUUUGGUUAUCGAAAAGUCAAUAGCUGCCUGAGAUUUCUUGUAAGUUUCUUUCUGAGAAAGGUUUGUCCGAGAAAUUUCAUAGUAGUAGUCAGAAAAUUCGUACGGAGUCGUUGCAUAUAAAAAUAAAUAACUAGUGUAUAUGGUUAAAAUAAAUGUAAGAAUAAAUCUAAACUGGACUAUUGGUACAUUACCGUUUGUAGAUGUCCUCUCAUAUUCUGAAAGUCCUAAGUAAUAAAUAAAAUAUAUAAUUAAGAAUAGAAAUAAAUUUCUAAAUAUUAUAUAAUGAAAAUACAUAUCAGCAAAGUCUAAACAGAACUCAGCCUCUAUCAAAUUAGGUUUUUAAGUAAUCCUAACCUAAAUGUACAAAAAAACUAAAAAUAAAAAAAAAUAAAUUCUCCCCAAUGCUGGA